UUCCCGAGAAAAAUGAAUGGAGGAUGAAAAGUCGGGAUUAAUGAAGGUAUUAUUCUUGAAGAUAAAUGAACUUUGACACCAAGCAAUGCGAAGAUUAUGAAAAUGACAACGCAAAAAAUCGCGAUAGAAGAACAUGAAGAAGAUGCCAUUGUUAAUUAUUUACAAUGUAAGUAACUCCUUUACAUCCUUAUCUCGACUUGAAUUGAAAUAUAAGAUGUAAUAUAACACAUUUUGCAUAAUUUUCUUAUAAUAAUGAAAUGUAACGCCUCUUUUAUCAUGUUUUAUUAAUUUAUCGCAAUGGCUAGCGGUUAUGUCACCUAUCAAACGUUUUGUUUUAUCAUUCUAUGCUUGAUUAAGUUAGCGUACCUUAUUUGGGGGACACCUCCGCGAUGUGACAUAUCACUGCUAUUGGAAUAUUUAAACCAUAAAGAUUAUGAAUAUUACUUGGAAGUGGGUUAUGCAGACUCGUGUCUUUCCACAAUGUUGAAAAUUGGACCUGAUUUUCGAGCUGAGAAUAUAUUCGCUGUUGUGCAAAACCUGAAUGAUUUGCAUCGUUACAGGCAAAGUAAAGUGAUGAUGCACGAGCCUGCAUUGAUAGAAGCGCUACAAGCCCUGGAUAUUCGAUGUUCAUUCGAUAACAUGCAUCCGGUUUUGAUUGGUUUAAAUCUGAAUGUUACUAUUAUCGUCAAUUUCGAUAAUACAACGAACCGUAAGAUCGAUAAAAAUUUGAUCAAUUAG